ACUCCCUGCCUCCUAUUUGCACUCUCUGCUAAACCCCUCCGCUCACAAUUGGGCUGCGCACCGGGGGCCGAUCUGUCAGCGCUCGGACCAUGCAAUAAAGGGGCGAGGAGGGGGUGAAUGAGGCAGCACCCCUCCAUGCUGGAUGCCCCCUCUCCCCCCAUGGAUUUACCCCGCAGGGGCAGCUGGGAGAUGCUCUGCGCCGCAGCACCCCUAUAACCGAGGGGGCAUGUAAAUGUCUCUGCUGCACUGGGGGGAAGGGUCUAUUUAUUAUUUAUUUAUUCGGUCUCCGAUAGAGAAUUACAUAUAUAGAUAUAUAUCGGCAGAUAUUACCUACAGCAAGGAUGAAGAAGCAAUUCAAUCGGAUGAGGCAGCUGGCUAACCAGACAGUGGGAAGGGCCGAGAAGACUGAGGUUUUGAGUGAAGACCUAUUGCAGGUGGAGAAGCGCCUAGAGCUGGUGAAGCAGGUCACCCACAGCACCCACAAGAAACUAACAGCCUGUCUUCAGGGUCAGCAGGGAACAGACACCGACAAGAGAUCGAAAAAGUUACCCCUAAUAACCCUGGCUCAGUGUUUGAUGGAAGGAUCGGCAGUUUUGGGCGACGACUCUUUGCUUGGGAAGAUGCUGAAACUGUGUGGUGAGGCCGAGGACAAACUGGCCCAGGAGCUCAUCCACUUUGAGCAGGACAUGGAAAAAGACGUGGUGGAACCAUUGUUUGUGCUGUCAGAGGUGGAGAUCCCUAACAUCCAAAAACAGAGAAAACACUUAGCCAAAUUAGUGCUGGACAUGGAUUCCUCUAGAGCAAGGUGGCAACAGUCUGCUAAAUCCUCCGGAAUCUCCAGCAAUGUGCAGCCCAUGGGGGCUAAGGCUGACGCACUCAGGGAAGAGAUGGAGGAAGCGGCAAACCGGGUUGAGAUAUGUAGGGAUCAGCUGUCGGCAGAUAUGUACAACUUUGUGGCCAAAGAAAUAGACUAUGCAAACUACUUCCAGAUGCUAAUAGAGGUGCAAGCAGAGUACCACCGAAAGUCGCUCGCGCUGCUGACUGCUGUGCUGCCACAGAUCAAAGCCCAACAGGAGGCUUGGAUAGAGAAGCCAUCGUUCGGGAAGCCUUUAGAGGAACAUCUGACAGUCAGUGGGAGAGAGAUUGCCUUCCCAAUAGAGGCCUGCGUCACCAUGCUGCUGGAAUGCGGAAUGCAGGAAGAGGGCCUGUUCCGAGUGGCGCCUUCUGCCUCCAAGCUGAAGAAGUUAAAAGCUGCCCUGGAUUGCUGCGUAGUGGAUGUGGCUGAAUAUUCCGCUGACCCACAUGCCAUAGCAGGAGCGUUAAAGUCUUAUCUCCGAGAGCUUCCUGAGCCCCUCAUGACAUUCGAGCUGUAUGAAGAAUGGAUACAAGCAUCCAACGUCCAGGAACAAGACAAGAGGCUGCAGGCUCUAUGGAACGCAUGUGAGAAGCUUCCCAAGGCCAAUUAUAACAAUCUCAAAUAUGUCAUUAAGUUUCUGGCCAAGUUAACAGAAUACCAGGACGCCAACAAGAUGACCCCCAGCAACAUGGCCAUUGUACUGGGACCCAACCUCCUAUGGCCGCAGGCAGAAGGGAAUAUCACGGAAAUGAUGACCACCGUAUCGCUCCAAAUCGUGGGAAUCAUUGAGCCAUUAAUCCUGCAUGCUGAUUGGUUCUUCCCAGGGGAUAUAGAAUUCAACGUGACGGGUAACUAUGGCAGCCCUGUGCAUACCAACCACAAUGCCAACUACAGCUCCAUGCCGUCCCCCGAUAUGGACCAUUCCGACAGAAAGCAGCACGACCAGGCCCGGAGGCCCCUCAGCGUGGCCACUGACAACAUGAUGCUGGAGUUCUACAAGAAGGAUGGCCUUAGGAAAAUACAAAGCAUGGGCGUGAGGGUGAUGGACACUUCAUGGGUUGCCCGCCGCGGUUCUUCCUUAGUCCGCAAAGGCCCCUCCACCCCACCCGCCAUGCAGCCCCCUGCUCCUCCUCCGCUCGAUUCCGCAGCCACACCUCAUUCACCAAAUCCUGACUUGUCCGUAGAAAGUCCCUCCCCUACUCCUCCCAGUAGUGGCUCCCAGCCGGGUCCUGAGAGGACAAGUGGAGAUGAGGUUUCGCCUCAGUGGUCGGACUCCUGUUACAACUACCCUUCCCCUGAAGAAGACAGAACCACAUCCUUGCACUCAUGUACCCCGCACCCCACCCUCCCUCCUCACCCUCCCAAAGCUCCUCCAGCUGCUGCCAGAGCUGAUGCCCCUUCUGCCUACCGGUGGACUGGGUACAGCCAGACUUUGCCUCCUUCCCCACCGAAGCUUGACAUUAACUCCAACCCCAAACCUUGCUACUUACACCUCAAUAAGCAGAGCUCCCUAACUGAACCCCACACCACAGAACCUAACGUCUCCCCCCUCUACAUCAAAACCCCACUCGUUCUAACCAAACCCGACCCAUCUGGCACCCCUAACCUUCCCACAAUGUCACCCCCAUGGCUCAGCUGUUCCUGUGUUCGAGACAAGGGAACCAAGCUGACUAGCACAUUAAAAGGGAAGGAGCUGUCACCCGUGUCCGGACCCAAGUCGAGCCCGAGUACUGGUCACAUGGUCUCUUCAGGUGGGAUGGGACUGAGCCAACUUUCAAUGGAACAAAGCCCUCAUUCUCUUCGGAAAGUAUCCAAGAAACUAGCCCCAGUGCCACCCAAGAUUACGUAUAACCAGACAGGAACAGUGUCCGACCAAUCCACGGGCCAGCCGUCUCCUGUCAGUCUCUCCCCAACGCCUCCCAGCACCCCAUCUCCGUAUGGACUGAAUUACCAGGGUUCUCUGGCCUCUACUCCCAAUCUCUCAUCACCCCCACCGCUGACCAGCACUUUAACCAAAUCCCGUCCCAUGCCAAAACCACGACAAAGACCCUCUCUUCCCCCUCCCCAGCCACCCAGCUCAAGUCAGUCUGCUUCCAGCCCACAGUCUGCAGAGAACAGCAUCCUAGAUGGCCUAUCUCCUGGGGAAAGUAUGUCUACAGAUAUCAUCCAUUUCGACAUUCCGUCCAUCCUUAUCGAGAUCGACACUGCCUUGAAACGUGACGCCAUGAAACAGGAGCGGGAAAGGCGUUCCCUGGAGGGCGGAGCUGAGUCCGACGAGGAGUCCGAAAGCACGGCGCUUUGACGUUAGUCAUUCCCCGUAGCCAAACCUGUGCCAAGUUCUGUAUUAUAUCCACAUUUCCGCUUCUACAAUCGGGGUGCCACUGGAAUUGAUAAGGAGAGUCCUUUCUGCACACAGGGGAUUCGCGCUACAAUCCUCCCGACAGAAAUCCGGGCCAAGAACCCGUAAAAAUAAGGAACGAACGUCGGAUAAAACAUAAUGUGUUUCCCUACAACCCGUGGGUUAUUAUUGCCGCUGGUAGCAAUGUGACCUUCUUUCAGCCAUGUAGAUAAAUGUAGGAAAACCCUCAGCCAUGUUAGAAGUGGUCAUUGCUGCUAUUUUAUUUUGUUUGCCCCGAAGGACCACGUAUUCCCAUCUGACCACUCUCAGCCCCGCCUUGUAAAUGCUGCACAGCUGAUCCAGUGUCCACUCACUGCUUACUUACCCUUUGGAAACAUGGAGGUCAAGUCCCCCGCCUAGUCAGAUUUCCCAUUAUACUACCAACAUACUGGGAACUAUUGCUCUGUACUGGUGUGAAAAUAAUUUCCUGGUCCCUCCUGAAAAGCCAAAGGCUCAUACCUAGGGACCCCGUCAGUUCUUGGAGAGUCACACCAGUUGACCAGUGCCAGUUGGGCUCGGUACUAUACGCAAAAUUGUUAGGCUGGCUGUGGAAAGAUAGGGCUUUCUCACUUCUUCUCUACUUGUCCCCUAGUCAAACCAUUAUGCUUUGAACCAAACCAAUACUCUAGGCCAGUGGGACCACACAUUCUAGAACAAUGGUGACACCAGUGCAUGCCCUGCAUGUUCCAAAACCGCUGCGAAGGUCGACUGUUUCCAUAGUGGGAGAAUAACAUAGGUUUAGGCAGACUUAGCCUCCCCAAAAGGAGACUGCGUUGUAAUUCUAUAUCAUUAUAAAGCAGGGGUGGGCAAACUUUUUGACUCAGGGGCCACAUUGACUUACAGACGGGCCGGGCCAGCGUUACGCCAUUUCCGCUGGUCAGUCCCCAGUCACGUGAUGAGACUUGCGGAGUCGGCGGGCUGAAUUAAAAAGACCAAUGUGCCGGAUGUGGCCCGUGGGCCUAGUUUGCCCACCCCUGUUAUAAACGCUUCAAUGGAAAGCCUGCCCCAAACAAAGAUGUCAGCCUCCACCCAUGACUCUCCUGUUGGUUAUGGCUAGAAUGGUUGGCCAAGAAAGCAUUAUACACCAAACCCCGACCGAUUCUCCAUUCUCAGAAGUAAAGGGCAACUAAACCACCUGCAGCCAAUAGGAAACACUGCACAUGACUAUGUCAUAGGUUCCACGCCACCGUCAUUUUUUUUUGCACAAUCUUCCCCUCGUCGAGUGGAUAAAAGGACUUAAAAAAGAAAAACAAAAAUAAAUAUAUCCAGAUGCAAUUUUAUUUUAUAUUUUAAUUUAUAAAAUAGUUUGUAUUUAUGACUUUCGGAGUCUUUUAAAUGGUGGCCAAGUCCUCAUCAUGUAAAGUCUUUUAUUUGUGCUUCUAUAUAGUUAUGUUGGGGGGGGGGGGUCAAACCACUUUGUACCAGUGCAGAAAUAAUAAUAUAUUGCCCUAUUGCAGAGUUAUAUGAAGAGAUAUUUUUCCUGCUCAUGUCCAAAGAAAUUCAAGUAUUUUUAUUUUGAUUUAUCUCCUUUUUGGGCCGACAAAAUGGACAUUUUUGUUCUUUUAGUCGACAUAUCCUGGACAGUGCAUUUCUGUAUGUUGUUCAGUUCGGGUACAAAACAAAUUCUGAUAAAGGAACAAAAAUGUUUAUUAUUAUUAUUAUUAUGGCCAACAGCUAGAGUUAUAGACUCCUUGCCGCUCCUCUCUCUAGCUUCCUGCUAGUCCAGCCUCUCUCCCACUGUAAGCUGCCAUGACAGGGUUCUAGCCCCACCCACUGCUUGCAUUACAAACUCCCAGCCCCUCCCUCUGUAAUCUCCAACCACAGUGUUCCAGUCCAACUCUUUGUUUGACCAGCCCACUGAUUAAGUUAUGGACUCCAUAUCCCUCCAACUGCUACCAGAAUGUCCUAGUUCAACCCACUGCCUCCGUUACAGACUAAAGGUGGCCAUACACAUUGGCGAGGUCGCCAAGCGAGCGUAUCUUCUCCCCAUAUCCCCACCUACGGGUGGGCGAUAUCGGGAGAAUUUAGGCUAAUUCAGUCGUUUGGCCUGGGGCCAAGCAAUCGGAUUAGAACGCUGGGAUAGGCGCAGUCGGUUUGGGGACCACAUCAACGAGCUAGUGUGGUCCCCGAUCCGACUAAAUUUUUUAACCAGCCUGAUCAAUAUCAGCCGAUUUCAGGCCGGAUAUCGGUCGGGCAGGCCGGUCGGUAGUGCCCAUACACGGCCCGAUUAGCUGCCGAAUCUGUCUAUGGGACCCAUAUCGGCAGCUAGAAUCGGCCCAUGUAUGGGCACCUUUAAUAUCCCUCCUCCUGAAAGCUACCAUCAGAGUUUUCUAGUCCCUCCCACUGCUUGCCUUUCAGCCCCUCCUCCUGAAACAUGUGAUCUAGCAUUGCAAUCUCCAAAUUUUAAGAAAAUAUUAGCUUUCCUGCCUUGACAUCCAUAAUCAUUUGCCUUGGGCAACCCAGUCUGCUUGAGGAACAGGCUUGCUUGCCCCUUCGCUCUAGGCUGCCAUGACAGGCCUGCCCUUCCUGUUUAGCUUAAAGGGCCAGUAACACAUAUUAGGGCAAAGACGCACGGGGCGAUUAAUCACAGCGACGCCCAUUAUACUCUAUGGGCAAAAAGUCGACUAAUCGCCCCGUGUGUCUUAGUAACACAUACUCUCUGCUUGUAAACACAACAAUAGAUGGAGGUGACCCCCCCACAACUGCAGGGGGGCUGGUGAGUGUAUUGAACAUUCUGUUUACAGGGAGGGGGUAGGGAGUCUGUAACUCAAGCAAUGGAAGCAACUAGAACACUGUUGGUGUAGGGUUGUCAUUUGUCCCUCUGAAAACCGGGCAGGGCUCUUUGAGAUUGACAUGGUGAUCGGCCAAUCACUGUGUCAUAGCCCCACCCCCGCGACAACAUAAUCCCACCCACAUGAUGUCACGCCCUACCCCCCUGCCCAGAGUUAGCCACUGCAAAAGGUAACCCUAUAUUGGCUGCUUACUGGGGGAGGAGCAGAGACUCUGCAACUCAAGCAGUGGGAGGGACUAGAACAGUAAUGGCUGCUUCCUGGGGGAGGGGCAGAGGCUCUGCAACUCAAGCAGUGGGAGGGACUAGAACAGUAAUGGCUGCUUACAUGGUAAGGGCAGAGACUUUGUAACUCAAGCGGUGGGAGGGACUAAAACACUCUGAUGACUCCUUACAGGGGGAGGGGCAGGAAGCCUAUACCUAAAGCAGUGGGCGGGACUAUAACUCUUUUAUAUCAAGGGGCUAGAACUCUGAUUGUAGCCUACAGAGAAAGUCUUAAAUACAAUGAAUGAAACAUUAGAGCUUAGUUUAAUUAAAGAAACAAUAUAGGGAGAUAUCUCUGCCCCCCGCUGGGGUAAUAAAGAGAUGUUACUCUCAGUGCUGUGAAUUCAGUGUUCAACCCCUGGGUUGGCACCGGGGGAAUUCUAUUCCAUUUGCACCCCAGCUACGUGUCCGUUUGUUUGGCUCCCCCAAGUGAGAUUAUUUCUGUCUGUCUGUGUGUGUGAAGGGUGGGGUCACUUAAAUAUUUAUUUUUUACAUGAGAUUCUAUAUAUAUAAAUAUAUAAAUAUAAAUGGCUGUAUAUCAGACGACGACUUCUUUGCCUGUGUAGGAGUGAGUGCGUGAGUGUUACAGUCGUGCAGAGCCCGUAUGUACAUAGCGACCGCUUCAUACCGAUAUAUACCAGAGUCUAAUGUACAGCAGA